GUGCCGAGCCGAGCUACAACAAACAUUCGCCCUUUCCUAGGCCUUUAACGACGUAAUUUCGUCCUAUUGUUUGCAUUUCGAGGUUAAUAUGGCCCUAUUACAAGUGCAAUUUUGUUAAAUAUGACAUCCCGCCUAGGCUUUACUGGCAACUCCGUUGCUUGCUCCGUUUCACGGUCAAGCCUCUUUCGAAAAAGCAGAACAGACCACAAAAAAUUAAAGGAAAACUUGCUUCGCGAGCUGACGGCAAUCUGAGACAUCGGAUGAAACUGACCAGGCGUAAUAGAAGGCAUCAGAAGCGUUGCGGCGAGUAAAAGAGAGAGGUUGAAUAGGACUCGAUAUACAAACAAUUAAAACGAGACAGAGUUCGGCAUCUGCAAGGAGGAAAAUAAGAACGGGGAAUGCGAACUUCAACACAAUUUGCGGUGGCACUAGCAUCGGUUUUCUCUGUUCUGCAGCUGACUCUGGCAUCACAGGGUGACCAGUUGCCUGAAUUCAAGCGUUGCGUGAAGUACUGCGAUAUCCUCACAUGCGACAAUGUCGAUCACUAUCCGGACGUCAUACCUAGUACGUACAUGAACUUGCUCAAGGACGAGAAUUUAGUGAAUCUCUUCGAGAAAACUCCAAUUUCUUUCCACUUAUCACUUUUAGGUUGGGACUGCUCGUCCAAUUGCGACUACCAGUGCCAGAGACUUGUCACCGACGACAGAAUAGCCGAAGGCUUGAAAGUCUACCAGUUCCAUGGUAAGUGGCCCUUUGUCAGAGUGCUUGGUGUGCAGGAACUCUUCAGCACCUUGUUUAGUAUUGGGAACUGGAUUCCAAACUUUUUGGGAUUCAAAUUGCUAUGGAAACAGUAUAACGCAGAGCUCAGAAAAACGAACAUGGAUAUGGCAAACUUGUACUGGACGUACAUGCACAUUGCUGUUGUGUCUAUGUGUGCUUGGUUCUUUUCCACCAUCUUUCAUUUGAAAGACACGUGGGACAGAGAAAGAUUGGAUUAUUUUUUUGCAGGAAUGACGGUGUUGACGGGAUUCUACGCCGUCAGUGUCAGGUUUUUCAAACUCUACCUAGUUGAGAAUAACAUGAAAAGAAAGAUAUUUGGAACGAUAUGCAUAUUGCUUUAUCUAGGACACGUUACACGACUUCUGUUUGACUGGUCAUACACUUACAACAUGCAGGCUAAUGUUGUCAUCGGCCUUGUGCAGAAUUUUCUUUGGGUUUAUUUGUCUAUAUACCAGUUUCAGAAGAUCAGCAGCAGCAAACUGAGCUUCAUUGAAAAUGUCACAAGACAAGAGUACAAUUGGACACUCACGCCGACACUACUUGUUUUGAGUGUAUUUUUUGGCAUGUCCUUUGAGCUGUUUGAUUUUCCACCAGUUUUACAACUCCUCGAUGCUCAUGCCAUGUGGCACUUUGUCACUAUCUGGCCUACACUCUUUUGGUAUCCUUACUUGGUUAAAGACGCCCAGGAACUCAUGGACUGGAAAUUUGAUUGAGGAGAAACCCACUAUUCAAUGAUAGGUAUAACUUUAUAGACUUCUCAUAAUCUCAUAAAUUUUAAUAACAGUCUGAA